GGACGACACCGCCUUCCGUGCUCCGCUGCACAUGGAGCCCUUCAACCCGUCGCCACCUCCGGCGCCGCAACGCCCACCCGUCGUCACAACCAGCUCCGACGACGACAAAGGUCCGAUACACACGAUACCUGCCCCAAAUCUGAGCCUCGACAAGCCGCACAGGCUGCCGGCGGCUACCGUCUACGGUAAAGCGCCGGAGCACAGCUUACCACCAUUGAAGCCGACUUUCCCUUCAGUGUUCCACAGCGGGUUGCAUCUUCCGACGUCACACUCCCACUUCGGAGCGACUACUGUCAGUGUCCAGCCCAGUCACGGCUACGAAGUCCACGAGCCUACAAACGAUCAGGCGGGAUACAAUGUGGAAGGCUUGCCCACGUACUUUGCUCCGGAUCCCGACCCGAGCCUGCCGAGUCCCAAAGUUCCGGCGGCUCUCGAGCCGCACAAUGUUCCGACGAAUAACGUUCCUCUGCCGGAGCUUUUAGGUACUGCCUAUAACAAUCACGAACCGGAUGCACAGAAUGCUCUAACAUCGCAAGACUUAUUCCAGCUGCUCAAUGGAAUCGCACCACAGGGACAGCAGCAGCCAUUGGUCGACAGCUACGGUGUGCCCAUCGGUCAGCAACCGCAACUCGUUUACCAAACAGCUUUGCCUCAGCAACAGGGGGUGGAUGCACUGUCUAGUUUCCAUACCACUCCCGAUAACGGCCUUCUCCUUCAGGGCGAUUUACAGUCACCUUUCCAUACCUUCAACUAUCCACAUCAGUUUCACACGGUGGAUUCUAACGCAGACCAUUUCGCAAACUCUCAGUCGUACUACAGUGAGCAAGAAGCUUCAGAUAGUAUCCCCAGGGUGACAGUGCUUCGCAAGACACCUGAGUCACAUGGAAAGCCCUUAGAUGAGCACUCUUCAAACGGGGAUCAAGACGACUCGCUAUCAGAGCAAGAAAGCGCGGAGACGAGUUACUACAGUGGAAAAGUGGAGUCAGUUCCUGCUAGGACAGACGACUCGGAGACAAGGACUGGCAAUGGAACUCCCUCCUUCUACUCGCAAAUCGGUAGCGGCGGAAGCGGUGUAGUAUCCACCUCCUUUUACACAACACUGCCGAGCAAAGAGGUAGCCGACAGUUUGGCUAGUCUUCAAGCUGCAGGCAGCUUAAAUACCAACACCGUCAACAACAAAAAGAGCACCCCGGCACCUAACAGGAACAGCAUCCACACCACUGAUCAGGUAGUCCACGUUGGGGACAAGGUUCCUGAAGGUCAGGAGACGAAGGACGCAAGCUCUUCCGCUGACAACGAAACCAAAGCUGAAAACUCUCAGGAUUAUGAAGAGCAUGUCGAGUAUGUGGAAUAUGAGGACGACCCUCCCACAACCGAUAACAAGGACGAAAAUGAUGAUUCAUAUAGCAAUCAUCACACACAGGAUACUUCUGGUCAUCUUCAUAGCAACAAACAACAGUAUUCUGAUUAUUAUCAGCCCAGCUAUGACAACAGUCCUGAAGAAAAUGAAGAUGCCGCGGAACCUUCAUUGGAAUUCGGCGCCAGGAUACGACCGAAACGGAGUUCGAUGAUUUGAUGUCCGUACUGAAAUGAAACACGUUUGCGCAGAUGAAACCAACAAAUCCACGUUCGCUGCCAGCAGAGUGUUCACAGGACGUCAGAAAUAUGGGACUCGUUUCGAAAUAUGGACUCUUGACAGCCUCUAUUUAAAAGACUGUUCAAUCCAAGUUUAUUUAUUUUAAAAGA